GCAUUCGUUCUCACAUCAGCUGAUUGCGCGCUCGGGAGGCUAUCGUUCCUUGACGGUGCAUGGCGAACCGCGAUUGAUUCUGAGACGCGCUGUGAUUGUUUCAUAUCAGGCGAACCGGAGAAUCCCUGCUCAUAUCCUCAAUCGGCGCAAUGCCUCAAAAGGAAGCGCCCGCCGAUGAAGAAAGCCAGCAGAAGAAAAUCGCGAAACACGAUGCUUCGAACGCGGCAGAUCUUGAGAAAGUCACCGAUUUCCACGAAGAACAGGAACUCAGUGGAGGGGACCUGGAGACUGCUCUCAAGGCUAUCACGGAGAAACGCAACAAAGAGGUCCAGAAAAGAGUGGAGCAUCUCAAGAAGCUAGCGGCGGUCAAGAUCAAUAAGGAAGACGUCGAACUAAUCAUGCGAGAGUUGGAGAUCCCCAGACUGAAAGCCGAGACAUGUCUUCGGCAGGCUUAUGGAGACGUGGUACAGGCGCUUCUGGAUCUCAUCGAUAACUGA